AUGUCCCUGGGCGCCGGGGAGCCGGCCUCGGAGACGGGAGAUGACAGUCUUUCUGCAGUUACCUCUGGCUCUGACUUGGAGACGAAAACGAAACGGCCGAGUUUCCACAAGCCUCCACCCACAUCGCCGAAGUCACCUUACCACGCUAAGCCUGGAAACGUGGCCCCCUGGAGGUCCCGCAGGACGGCGACCAGCAUGCCUCUGAGCAGCAGGGUGUCCCUGACCCCACAGAAGCUGUGGCUGGGAACUUGCAAGCCAGGACGUUUGACCCAAGCCCUGAAACCAGCCCUCAGCUGGGAGCAGGCCUGGACCAGCCCCAGCAGCACCCCCGACCAUCUGACAGGAGCUCUGAGGAUGCACAGCGCCAGCCUCGGACGCUCGGCCAGCACCCGUCGUGUUCCUGGGACCCCCGUCUACAGAGAGAAGGAAGACAUGUACAAUGAGAUUAUUGAGCUGAAGAAGUCAUUACAUGUGCAGAAAAGUGAUGUGGAUCUGAUGAGAACCAAAGUCCGGCGCUUGGAAGAGGACAACAGCAGGAAGGAUCGGCAGAUAGAGCAGCUUUUGGACCCAACCCGGGGCACAGAUUUCGUGCGGACUUUGGCAGACAAAAGGCCUGAUACUGGCUGGGUGGUCACCGGGCUGAGGCAGAGGAUCCUCAAGCUGGAGCAGCAGUGCAGGGAGAAGGACAACACCAUCAGCAAACUCCAGACUGACAUGAAGACCACAAACCUGGAAGAGAUGCGCAUCGCCAUGGAGACGUACUAUGAGGAGGUUCACCGUCUACAGAUACUCCUGGCAACUUCUGAAGCUGCAGGAAAGAAGCUCCCUGUGGAGAGGAAGACGGGCCUGAAGCGGCAGCAGAAGAUGGGCGGGGUCCUCCUGAACCUGUCGCGAAGCAUGCAGGAGCUGACCGAGGAGAACCAGAGCCUGAAGGAGGACCUGGACCGGCUGCUCAGCGGCUCCCCCCCCAUCUCCAAGAUCAAGGGUUACAUGGAAUGGAGCAAGCCCAGGCUGCUGAGACACAUCACAGAGCUGGAAAAGAAAAUAAGCUCCUUGGAGAGCCCCAAGUCGCAUGCGUUGGAACUGGUGAAGCCAGGCUCCAGGCCUCCCUCCUCCCGCUGCACCGCGCACAGGCAGCCCCCCGCGGACCUCCAGGAGGGACCUGAGCGCCUGCGAGCUGCCCUGAAGGGGUUCAGAGGCGAGCAGGCCGCCCUGUACACGCAGCUGCAGGAGAAGGAUUUGGAGGUGAAGCAGCUGCUCCAGACGAAGGCUGACCUGGAGAGGGAACUGGAGCAGGUGAAGGGGAGUGAGAAGGAGGGGCGAGAGAGAGAGGAGGCGCUGAGGGAGCAAGUUGAAACUCUGACCAGGAAGCUCCGGGAGCUGCACGAAAGGCAGAGGGACAAGGAGGAGGCCCUCGUGGGAAUGGCGCAGGAGGUUGUCGACCCUGUGGCAGACGGGAGCCGGGGUGUGGACGCCUCUUGUGCGAAGAUGUUUUGCAGCCGUGUGGACGGCUACUCUUUAACGUCACGGGGGCUGUGUCCCCACUUCCGCCUGGGGGGCUACUGCAAGAUGGAGUUCAGGGUGUUACCCCAGGAGGACCUACAGCUGCCUGUUCCCUCCAGCAGCUGCUCCCCAGAGGCCUCCGAGGCAGACUGCAGUGCAGCAAGCUCACGGCCCCCCUCGGCCCACUCAGCGGGGAGCGGAGAAGAGGGGCAGCGGGACACAGCGGCCAGGGUCCUGCAGGCCCAGUGGAGGGCACGCCAGCACAAGAAAAAGGAGGCUGCUCUGGAUGAGGAGGCCACAGUGCUGCAGGCGGCUUUCCGGGGACACCGUGCUCGGGCGCAGCUCCUGGCCAGCAGAGCCUGUGGUUCCCCAUCUCCCAGCACGCCGAGCCCCCCUCGGAAGUGCCCUGCCACACCCCGCAGCCAGAGCCCCACUGCCCCUGACGGCACGGGGCUGGAGGAGGCCAUCCUGCUGGUCCAGUCGGUCUUCCGGGCGCACCUGGCACGGACCAGGCCAGGGCCGCCACCUGUGGCCGUGUUCCUGAAGGUGGAGCAGAGUCCCCGGGGGCUUCUGUCUUUCAGUGCCAUCAGUGAGAGGACGACCACCACAGCCCCUGCCAGGAGGACGUCUGCUUCCACGGCAAACAGGGACGCCUCCUCCCCGCCCGCCCUCGUGGCUUCUGCUCAGGAUGACAGCGAGGCCAGCAGUGUGGAGUCCGUGGAGGGGUCUGCAGCUGAGGAGGAGGCCCUGACGCCGGGGGAUCCCGCCAUAGCGGAGCCCACGCUGUCCAGGUCCCAGGCCGCAGUGCCACCCCCCACGGAGGAGGCGCCCUCGGAUGACUCCGAUGACAUCAUCUCCCCAUCCCUGCCUAGGAAGAAGAGCUCGUCGCCCUAA